AUGCAAUACGUUUCCUUGUACACGAGCAUUUCGUUCGAACUCACUGAGAUCGAAUUGGUCAUUUUGCAAAAUAUCCUCGAAAUCAAAUACCGUGAUCUUGAGUAUGUUGUGAUAGAAGGCUGGGCAAAUCAUCUUCUUGAUGAACAUGGCAUCUUUUUCAAACGUCUCUUAAAUGAAGAGAAUAGGGUCAAAAAGAUUACCGACAUUGCAAAUUUGAUUUCCAUUAUCCCAUUCAAGUACAAAAGGCUCCUUUUCUCUUUCCUUCCUAACAUCAAUGAAGAUAAAUAUCUUUGGGCAUAUUCUAACAAGCUAAAAAUCGGUUCUAGUGGUGGAAAGUCGUCAAAAUUGGAACUACAUAUCCCCACGCUCAGGGAGACUACCAAAGAUACUCACUAUAAAUGGUGUCUCAAUCUUUUUUCCAAAGUACAGCUGAAACACUGGAGUGAAUUUAACGAUUUUGAUUUCGAAAGUUUUCUCUCUUUUAUAAAUCACCUAGCUCAAUCAUCCAAAGAUUUAACCGAUUUUCUGAACAAAUUCAAUGCCCCUUAUCUUAAUCAUAUACGAUUUUAUCUUUCUAUGGAAAAAAAUAGCCCCGAAUACAAAAUUGUUUCCUUAUUUCACGUCAUUUUCGUGGUUUUCAACAAGCUCCCUGAUAAAGAAAAGCUCUCAAAUUUUUUUUCUGACUUGAAAAAUAAAAAGUUCCCUCAAGAGGUGUUCGACAUUUAUGAAAAACACAGCGGAUUCCAGUCACUUCCUUCUGGGGAAUCGAAUAAGUUUGUUAAAACGCUCCCAUUGCCUCCUCCAGACUACGAAAACCUGCUAAGCAUAACGAUGGAAAGAAAAGCUCUUUCAUCAGAUUUUUUCACGGCAGAUGCGAAGUUUACAUUUUUUAGCGAUGCCGCUUCACUUGAAGAGACGUUGAAAUCAAUAGUGUCCACUGAUGAGCUUCUUGCUGGAUUUCCCCUGGGAGCCUUAAAAGACCCCAAGCUUCUCGCCCAAAUACUGCUCUGCGGGUCGAUCGAGGAACUCGGGGCCUUUUUCACUAUCAGUGCCGAAAAGACCCCAGAGUUGCUUGAUCUUUUGUGGACUCAUUUCAUCACAUUUUUCUAUUGCGAGCGUCCCUCUUUGCAAGAGAAUACUUUUUGUAAGGCCUGGAUUCGGCAAAAGAUCCCAUCUCGAGCUCGAAAUGUGCUCACAUAUAUUUGGGCUAGUAUUUUAGGGAGGCAAAAGAUGCCUAGUCAACCAUUACCGGUCACUGUGCAGGACAAAGUUUCCAUUCUCAUCGAGUUUUUCACGGAAUCCCAGCUGUAUGAAGAACAGAGGACAACCAUGUCCAACAUUUUAGACAAAAUGAUGCACGGAAGAUCGUAUGUCGUGCAGCAGGGAAUGGCCGGCGGAAAGACCACGCGUUUCGGUCCUGCAGCUGCAAUUGUGGCAACAUCGGUGCUGAGAAAACUGCCGAUCUUCAUCUUUCCAAAUUCCAUCCUCGACCAAAACAUUGUGCAAUUGCGGCAAUGGGUUUUUGACUUUUUCGGCAAAAGAGUUUUUGAAUUCAAAUCAGAACGAUCGCCUUAUGGGUACAGCGAAGUGUAUCUGCGAUAUUUGUACUAUCGACUUACAAUGGCCCAUGAUCGCGGCGAUGUGUUCGUGUCUUCGAUGAACAGCAUCCAAUGCCUGCUCAAUGCUAGGAAGGAACUGCUGUUGCAAAACACGCAGACGUCAAAGGAGUCUCUUGCUUGGGUUUUGAGGAUCUUGCACUUCAUUGAGCAUUACUCGAUAUUUGUGCUUGACGAAGCAGACGGAAUCAUGGAUGUCUCCAUUUUGUACAACUUUGACACAAACGAGGCGCAUGAAAAGAACUGGGAUGUCAUUGAUGUGCUUAUUGAGUGUUUCCUGUUUUUGAGAGACAAAAGGGUAUUCCGAUCGAAAACUGGAACCCCGAUCACCAUUUUUGAGAUCCAAGAGCCUCUUACGCCGUAUGCUGUCGAGCUUUUCAAAAAGACAUUGCAUCAAGAACUUGACCCAAUUUUGGAAAAUACUAGCCAGGAAACUCGCGCGUUGAUUAUUGAUCAGCUUUUUGUCAAUUGCUGGGAAAAGGUUCGAAAUGUGGGGUAUGGAGCAUCCAUGGAGUCUCCGUUUCCAUAUCCCAUCCCAUAUGCGAUGGCAAACACACCAAGGGAAGGCAGCAGCUUUGGAAAUCAGCUGUUCAUCAUUGCCAUUUCGCUCAAGUUUUACCUUGAAAACGAGAUGAAAGAUCUCAGCGAGCCUCCUUUAUUCUUCACAAAGGAAAAUAUCUAUUCUAUUCUGGAACUUUAUUAUGAUCAUGAAAAGCUAAAAGAAAUGAAGAACGACAUCAAAACCCAAAUCAAGAACCAAAUCAAACCCCAAAUCAAGAACCAAAUCAAACAAUUCGUUUUCGAGUCUUUCAAGUGUUUGAGAGAAAAGAUAUACGAAAAUGACGACACUCUGAAAAUCUUUUUCAGGGAAGUAGUAAUUGAAAGCAUCAAUACAUCGCCUCAUCAGAUCGUAUCAUCUGCCAUUGAAUUUAUUUUAUCUUGCAGUCAGGUGCUUGCAUAUAGCGGCACCUUAUACAAUUGGAAGAACUUUGAAGUGAUCCCGAAAGUUGACAUUGAUGUCAACCAGUCUUCUGUGAUCGAGAGACGAAUCUACAACUCGUUUUCAUUUUCUCCUCCAAAUUGCUACACGAAAGAUUAUCCCGAAAUUCGAAGCUAUGCCGCUCAAGUUCAAAAUCCAGAGCUUCUUGGCAAAAAAGAUACUCAAUUUGAUGUUUUGAUGGCCUUCAUUUUGGAAACCAGGACGACAGCAUUGUUUGAUGCAGGUGCUCUUUUGAAGGAUCACUCCAACGCCAAGAUAGCAGAUCAUAUUUUGGCUUCAAAGAGAUACAAGUGCGUGGUCUACUACGAUGACAAGGAAAAUGUGAUUGUUUAUCAAAUGGACACCGGCAGAGUUGGGAGAGAUUUGCCUGUAGAGGGCCAAUUUUUGUUUCUUGAAACCAAGUACGGUUUGAAAAACGAGGAUGUUUUCCUGUAUCUUGACGAGGCCCAUUGCUUUGGAACCAAUGUCGAUGUCAACAAUCUAUCUGCAAUUUGCGUGGUUACCUUUUCUACGCUUGUGUAUACGAAGAGCCUUUACCAAACGCUCCUAAGAGCCCGAAAGCUUUUGAAUGGAAUCUCGACUUUUAGUCGGUACACUCGUCCUAAAGAACCACGCCACCAGAUUAAGGUGUUUGUUUCUUCAAAGCUGAAACCUGACAAAGCUAUGCUUUUGACGCUCAGCGAAAACGACAGGAAAGAAUUGUCAUCGAAAAUCAACCUUUUUUCAAAGGUUAUAAACUCUGGUAAGAAGAAGACUGGCUUGCAAAAAGUUUUUACUUCUGCUCAUCUGAAUCAGCUCAAGAAGGAUCGUAAAGAGAAAUCUCUUCUACCCUGGCAAGAAUUCUUUUCCAGGGUUUUGAAGAGCUUCUGGUCUCCCGCCUACUCCUCUGCAGACAAUCGAAUUCCAAACUGGGACAGGAUUCUCAACCUGAAAGAUCGAAACUCGAUUGAUCAGCUUAAAUGGAUUUUUUUUUCUGAAAGUAUCCCGAAUUUUGAAAUUUUGGAAUUCUUUGAAAGUAACAAGAUAACGGAGAUCUUUCCCCCCGACUUUGAAAUGCCUUCCAUUCCAUUGGUUCCCAAAAGUAAUCCAUGGGAUAUCGAGACUGUUGUCCAAUCUACUCAAGAGCAGCAGUCCACCCAAGAGCAGCAAUCCACCCAAGAGCAAGAAAAUGUUCAUGAAACAGUGAAAGUUUUAAAUGUGCGUGCUGAAAGGUCUUCAGUUUUUGAAAAAUCUGAUGCUAUAUUUGAGGGUUUAAGUGUCAAAUUUACAAAUGACUUUACGAGAACAGCUGUUGGUCGCCUCAGUUUAAAUGAUGAAUACACGAAAUAUCCGGUGUUUGUUGAUGCUGUUGACGGAGAAAUGCUAUUCGCCACAAUGAAUGAUGUUGCUGAAAAGCUCAAAAAUCCCAUUCACUUUUUCUUCUCACCUGCACUGAUAAACAUAUAUAAUCUGGAAGAAUUUGACUUGGAAGACAUGCUUCACUAUCUGGCAUACUCUGGCGGUGCCGUUGGUUUUAUGGAUCUUCUGGAUAGCUCUACGAGGCUGAAAGAUAUCAUUUUUGGGUUUAUCGCAGCUCAUGAGCUGAUCUUGCAGCAAUGGAUACAAUUUGCACGAAAAUUUAAAAGAACAUCUUCAUUGAAGGUAUUAAGACACAUACAAUCGCGGUUUAAAGGUAGCACCAAGUACGAUUUUACAAAUGUUGCCAUAAAAGCCAGGAUUUCUCAAGGGAAACUAUUUAUCCUCAACGUAUGUGCAAAGAAAUCCGAAGAGCCCUUCAAUCUGAAACAGUUUAAUUUGCAUUUGCUUCUUGAUGUUUUCAAACCUUCCAAGGAAUUCAUCGAUCAACCAGAGCCAUUCUUCUAUCAGAGGCCUUCAGCGGUGUAUAAAAAGGACACUUACCUAAUGAAAAAGGCUACUAAAGAAGCGAAAGAUUUAAUUGACCUCGACCCAAAGAACGAAGAGAGAAAUGGAAAAAAAAUCGGCAUUUCGCUAGAUAACAUCACAAAUAAUAUUUUCGCUCUUCUAACAUAUACCUUCAUGGUUGGACUCGCUGUUUCUUUGAUUGGGGUAACAUUUCGCAUCUAUUCUGAUCGCUACCAUCGUCAAUAA